AUGAGGACCAGCACACUCAGGUAUUGCGCACUUAUCGACCAUGUUCUGAACAAGAACAGUCCACUACUCACGGCGUCCCAAAUCGCAAGUCUGGAUCGUACGCAGUCAGAAUACGAAGACUUCGCCGAUGCUCAUGUCGAACACUACGCGCAGCAGUCCUGUCGGGAAUUGUGUACCGCCAUGCAACGUAAGCUUCCCCGCGAGCUGCGGGACAUGAUCCACGACUACAUUCUCUCCCCUACUCGAGAUGAGCCCGUCUUCAUCAAUAACGAUUACUUCGAUAACGUCGACGAGCCAUACCGGGAUAUCGUUGCAGGUUUCGCCGAGGAACGCGGAUACGGAUACGCGCAUAUGUGUAGCGAGGGAUUUGUUGAUCUCGACACUAUGAGCGAGUUUGCACGUCGGUGGUAUCAUCAUACCAAGUUGUGGCUGUUCCUCACACCUGCGGAGGUCGCCGAGUUCUUCGAAACUGACAUCUGGGGUCUCGGUCUGGAAAGCGAUCGUCUAUUGCGCCAUCUCGAAGUCGAAGUGUGCGGAACAGAAUACGAAGAUAAUAUCACUCCGCUCCAGCAGUGUCUCUUCAAGCUCGCGCCUGGCGCAUCGAUCGUUUUCCACCUGCGAGUCGCGUUCAUUUAUGGCUACGGUGAGUUCACGUAUGACGAGGAUUUCACCAUGUUCCUCCUCUCCGAACGCGUGAGCGAGCUAUUUCCUCUGAUGCGGCAGCUCAUCGACGUUGGCUAUGAGUUGUACGGGGCGCUCGAUGGGUAUGAAGACUUUCGCGUCACUCCCGCUACUCUGGACCGAGAAGUUUGGAAAGACACGCUGAUGAAGCAUUGCGAAGGCCGCGAUUGUAGGUCAGUCCUGCUGAUAUUAGGAGGCUUUGCUGACCAAGAACAGGGUGGUGAUCGACACGUGACUGCGGGUGGCCAUAAUGCGACUGGGAGUAAAUAUCCUCACAGCUUACUACAAGUGAGUGGGUAA